GCGGGGACGUGUGAGUGUCUCCAGUGCGAUUUCCCCUUUCUCUCGCUCGUCUCAGAGCAGGUCUCCCUCAGCUCGCCGCCCCUCUGUGGGCGCCCCCUGCCGCCGUCCCCUCGGCGCAGCCUGGCUUCCUCAGAGCCCUCCAUCCCGCCUCCCCCAGAUUCCCGUGAGCGCACAGGCCGGCUCAUCCUCUUUUUUAGCCCAGGCGCCACUGUCUCACCUGGUGUUUGCAUCUAGCCCUCCAACUUUGCCAUUGGCAGCGGCGGCACGACGUGUGGGAGAGCCCUGAGGCUUGCCCGCCCGGACCAGCCUGCCCUAGCGCUGAGAGGAAAGGGUUAACUUUGCUGAGGAUGCAGAGAGAGGAGGAGAGAAGGAAGGUUAAAUCAGUGAGAACUUGAAUAAGUCACUCCACCACCCCCUGGGAACUCAGGUUACUCUUGUGGUUGGCAUAGCCCAGCAUGCAGUCUUGAGCCUGGCAUAGGCCACACCCACUCCGACUCUGGAUAACCUUCACAGAAGCUCAGAGAAGGCACUAAAUUGAUCUUAAGGUAUCUGAAUAACAUCUGUUCAUCAGGAAACCACCAGAGCUCCAGGGACCCGGGGGAGUCUCACUGUCAGUUCUGGCAGAAACCAGUAUGGCUAUUGCCUUGCAGCCCAGUGAUCUGGUCUUUGAGUUUGCAAGCAACGAGAUGGAUGAUAUCCACCAGCUCGAAGACCCUUCAGUGUUUCCAGCUGUCAUCGUGGAGCAGGUCCCUUAUCCUGAAUUACUGCAUCUCUACUCAGGAAUGGAUUUGGAUGAAGUCCACAAUGGCAUCAUAAGGGACAGGACUUUGUGCAUGGCACAGGAUCAGAUCCUAGAAGGCAGUAUUUUGCUGGCAGAUGACAAUGAGUCUACCUCUAAUAACGUGUCAUCCACGGAAGUCCUAUUCAAUGUGGAAACUCCCAACGAUGUCCUGGAUGAGAAGCAGAUCUUCAGCACUCCUGAAAUGCUUCCAGACUCAGACUCUGUUCAGACCAUCAGUCUCCCCAACUUCCUGUUUUCUGCCACUGAACCUGAUGACCAGAACAAGACAAAUGAUACUGGUAACCAGAAGGAGCAUUCUCUGGAGGAGAGGGUCUCCAGAGAGGAAAAUCCUAAGAAGCUUGAGAAGCCAAGAAAGAGAAACCGAAAGACAAAGCACAGCCGAAGUACCUCACCUGUCACUGACCCCAGUGUCCCCAUACGGAAGAAAUCCAAGGAUGGCAAAGGUAGCAACAUUUAUCUGUGGGAGUUCCUCCUGGCCCUUCUGCAAGACAGAAACACCUGCCCCAAGUACAUCAAGUGGACCCAGAGAGAAAAAGGCAUCUUCAAGUUGGUGGACUCCAAGGCUGUGUCCAAGCUGUGGGGCAAGCAGAAAAACAAGCCUGACAUGAACUAUGAGACCAUGGGGCGGGCCCUAAGGUACUUUAGCCAGGAUUCCUCUCUGGUAGUAAUAUCUGGAGGGACAAGAAGGAGAUUGGUAUACCAGUUUAAGGAAAUGCCUAAGGACUUGGUGGUGAUUGAGGAUGAGGAGGAGAGUACUGAAACACCGGAAGCACUUCCGCAGGCCUCCACACCCUCUACCAGUACUAUCCGGAAAGCCAGCUCCAGGGUCGGAACCAAAACUUCCCUCCAGGACAAGGGUAACCCUUCCCUGGAGAAAGCAACGGUUCAACACACAGGUCUCCAGCCAUCUGCAAGUCUCGAGUUAGGACUGUCUGUGGAUGAGGAGGUCCCCACUACCUCCACCAUGCUUGUCACUCCGCUACAGAGCCAGGCCAAGCUCACCAAAACUGUGAGUACUUCUUCAGUGCCCAGUAACAUCCACCUAGGAGUAACCCCAGUGGGGCCGGGCUCCACUGUCACUCUGCAGACCAUCCCUCUGACUACGGUGCUGACCAAUGGGCCUCCUGCCAGUACUACUGCUCCCACUCAACUUGUUCUCCAGAGUGUUCCACAGGUGUCAACAUUCAAGGACACGAUCACUUUGCAGGCUUCCUUCCCCCUCAAAACCAGUUUCCAGGAGAACCAGGUGUCAACCCAAGGGACCCCAUUGAUCCUCAGUGGCCUCUCCCAACUUCUGGCUGGGGCUAACCCUUCGAGCAACCCAGUACCAUCUCAGGUCUUAGGUGCUGGGUCAGCAGGGCCUAGCUCUCAACCCCCUGGGACUGUCAUUGCUGCCUUCAUCAGGACUGCUGGUGGUACAUCAGUGUCUGGGGUAAAGGAGGGGCCCUUUAGGUCUUCGUCAUAUGUGCAGGGUGUGGUUACAGGCCCCCCUGUGGAGGGGCUCUUCUUUCCUGAAGAGACCCUGAGAGAGCUCCUGAGAGAUCAGGCUCAUCUUCAGCCACUUCAGAGUCAGGUGCUUUCAAGGGGUUCCCAUAACCUGAGCCUUGUGGGGAACCAGACUUUAUCUUCCCCCAGCCGUCCCACUGUUGGGCUAACCCCAGUGGCUGAACUUGAGCUCUCAUCAGGCUCAGGGUCCCCAUUUGUAUCUGAGCCUAGUGUGACCACAUCUGGGAGCUUGCCGACCAGCUCCCCAACCCCAGCAGCCCCUUUCUCUCCAUUCAAUCCCACUUCCCUCAUUAAGAUGGAGCCCCAUGACAUAUAAACAAAGGGAACAAAAGUAUGGCUCACUAGGCAAAAUUGUGAAGCAUUUUCAUGUGGACUUAAGUAGUAUACCUGUCCUUACAUUUAGUGGGGUGUGAUACAUUUGAGUCUAAGUCCCCCAGGCCUGUUUGGGAUCACCAUGAUAAAAUUAUGCCCAGCUCAAGCAUUUCUGGCAUUAGACCAUAGCACUCCAAGAGCUCUUGGAAGGAUAAUUGGCUAACUUGGUGAUGGAGGGAAACCCACAGCCCGGAAGCAGCUUAUGGCCAGAGUUGGUCAGAGGCUUCAUGAGAAGAGUUAAGUCUGGUCAUACUUUGUUAUCCAUAUUCUUUACACAGGGAACUUCCCAUCCCAUAUGUGAAUACCUUCAGAUGUAUUUGUGUGCAUUUGUGGGUCUGUAGCUUCAUUUAUUUUGGGAGGAGAGGAUGUGGAUGUCAGGUCUUUAAGUUGUGUGUGUGUGUGUGUGUGUGUGUGUGUGUGUCCCAGCCCAUUCCUAGGUCAGCCACAGACAUGAGGCAGUUUUAAGAGAAAGCACUCUCUCUCUCUCUAUCUCUAUCUCUUGCCAGCCACAGUGCCAUUCUGAGACUAGAAGCUACCAGUUGGAUGCCACGCCCCACACCCAAGUCUGGAGAGAUGUCACAAAGCUGGAACAGGUCUAGGUAGGAGGGCUUCAAUGAGUGCACAUGGUGAGAGGACAUCACUAAGGGACCAGAGGCCACAAAUGUUAAAACCAAAACGGGAGGGAAAAGGAGCACACUUAGCCCUGGGAUCAAUUGCUUGACAUAGUCACCUUGCCAUCAGGCUAGAACCUGAAAUACUUUGCUAAAGGUUGUGAAGCAAAGCACUUUCCUGUAGUUAGCCCCAAUUAUGAAGUCCCUAGCCAGGCCUAAGCAGAUUGAAAGUUUGUGGCCAGGGCUUUUGGCUGUUGUUGAAAAAUCAGCCCUAUGCUUGACAAUAGUCUUUUUUGACACAGUGCUCUUCUUUUCCUAUCUUGAGUUCCCUUUUCAUUCUGUUUGUCCUGAAGUAUUCCACCUGCCAUGAAUUGCUGAGGCUACUGCAGUGGCAACCCAGCUUCAGCCAUACAAUCUUGCCCUCUCUCCCACUCUUUCCCUCUCACAGUGACUAUGAAAGACUUUAGGUGGACCAUUGCUUUUCAUUUCCAGCUACCACCUAACCCAACUCGUUCUUGACCAAGAUCAGGAGCGAACACACAUGAGUUCUUACAGCUUCUGUCAGCACACAACUCCUCGAUUCUCUCUUUUAUGUUUAUGCAAAGGGUUCUCCUAAUCUCUCUUAGCCAGUCUCUCAGCUGAGGGUCCCCAUCACCCUUCAUUGAAUCUACAUGCUUCUAUUCUACCAGGUUUAGUGGUAAUGCUUAGAGAUGGCAGGCCCAGAAGCAAGUCUAGCCUCCGGUAAAUUUGGUUAAUGUGAAUCAGUGCUCCAGGACCUUCACUAUGUCCUCUGUGCCAAAGCACCCACUUGAACUAACUACCUCCCUGGCUGGUCAUCAUCAUUCUCCCUUACUGUUCUCUCUCCUUUCCUGGGUGAAGGAACCAUCUGUUGCUAUGCAGGUGCAUUUGCGACAUUCUCAGCAAUUGGCACUGAAAUGUCUGUUCUAAGAAAAUCAGCUUGUGAUGACAAUAUCUUGAUGGCUAGAAGGAAGCAUCUUGAGAAAAGGUUACCACUGUUGUUGCUGUUGUUAUUGUAUUUGGGUUUUGGGAUCGUUUUUUGAGACUCUCGUUUAGCCCUUGUUGGCUCUGAACUUGCUAUGUUGGUGAAGAUGGCCAAUUUGCAUAUGGUUCAUCUCUGGUUCUCUUGACCCCACUUUGCAGAUGCUAGAAUUUCUGGUGUGUAUCACCAUGCCCAGUUCAUGUUGUUCUGUGGAUCAAACUGAGGACUUUGUGCAGGCUAGACAAGCACUCUUAUCAAUUGAGCUACAUCCUCAGCUCAACCAGUUUUAAUGAGCACAAAGGCACAGUGUGAGUUGAGAUGGCUCUGCAUCAACCUGGAAUCUAAUAUCUGCAUACACUUCCUAACCCCAAGGAAAUUAUCCUAAGGCUGUCAGCACUUCUGUAGUCAACUCAUCUUCUCCAUGGUUCUCAGUCCUUGUUAGCCGACACUUGCUGUGUCCUUCUAUACCUAUUGUGCUUUCUGUUUUCUGUGUGGGCUCCUUAUCAUCUCUUUAUGUCUGGGUGUUCUCCAAGGGUCCCACUAUGAUCAUGGGCCAGUUCUUUGAGAUAAGUUAAAUCCAGAACCUGCUUCUUUUAAGUACCUUGCUAGCUCUAGUGAUCUGCUUCUAUUAAUGAUGCCACCAUUUUCCUGACCUUUUAGACUGGAAAUCUCAGAGCUAUCUGGUGGCUAUAUGCUCUUGAGCCUGCCCCUCUUCGUCAUAUCCUGACAUCUGGCCUGUCUUCAUUCCCAGAGCCUCCAGCCUAACUCAUGCUGCUCACCUUCCUCUUUCCCAAUAUAUGUCAGUACCCUGUCCAUUGUGACUUCUUAGUACUUCCCAUCUGGCAGACCACUUUCUAUAUCAUUCCUCUGCUAAAAACCCUUCAGUGAGUCCUUGCCUGCAUGUAGGGCCAGUAUGUAAAAUAUUCAUCCUUCAUUCUUUUCUAGAGACCUAUCAAUAACCCUUUAGUUUUUAAAUAAGGACACUGCCCAAGAGGCCCUAAAGGAAGUGGGGAGCACUUGGAGAGCUGUGAGCAGUAAUUCUAGAAAGAUCUAAAGUUUGGUAUCAGCCUCACCAGGAAACAGCUCCAACUCGGUGGCCCUUCCCUAUUGGGUCCUGUCAAUUUUUUCCACCCCACCCCACUCCAAGGUACUAUACUCUGAAAGAAUUUGAUGGUCUUUGAACUUGUUCCUGCCAUAAAUUCCCACCUGUGCCUUUUCUUUUCUGGGUUCUGUUCAGCCAAAAUGCUCUAUCCUCUUACUAACAACUAAAAAUUGUGUCUUUAGAUUGAAUUUGGCAGAAACAGCCAGUUUCUAAGUUUAAUUCUUAAACUUGUAACUGCCACAUGAUGGACAGGUAAUUAUAAACAGCCUGUGACAUCUCUAUUGUAAUCACAAACUGUUACUUAGAUCUUAAGUGUAGAUCUGUACCUUGAGGGGUAGGCAUCACUGUGUCACCCACAAAACUGGGCACACAUUGACGAAAAUGCGCAUCAAUGACUAGUUACUGAUUGAUCUGAUGGGAUCUGGGUACCAAAAUUUGAGGCAGGUGACCUCUCUGUCCUCCUCUCUUCUCAGGCAGUUACCCCAGGUGCUUCAAUGCCCAGGGCAUGCCAUUCCUGUCCCAGUGUCCCCACGGUACACCUUGUUCCCUGUCUUAACACCCAGGAUAUGUAUUACUUUGAACAUCCUCUCUAAUCCUAAAAGAUGCCUUCCUGUCCCGUUUCUUUCCUGCACAGCGUGUUAAAUAGGUAACCAGUUAACUGACCCUGCUGACAAGAGUUAUGGAAGAGGUUAGAGGAGAACCUCAGGAGACAGAUUUACUCUAACCAGAGGCAGGUGGCAGCAAUACCCCUGCUUUUGUGAUGCCAAAUGGAGUCAGGAGUCAAGUGAUGAUCCACACCUUCCUGCGGGAUAUGUGAUUCCCUCUCCCUGGCUCCCACAGCACUUUGUAUAUACCUCUUACUGUAGCACAUUGUAUGUAGUUCAUUGAUUGUGUUUAUAUUUCCCCUCCAAUAGACUGUGAGCUCCUCAAGAGCAGGGGCUGUGUGCUAGUCAGUGAUGUAUCCCCAGCACCUAGCCACAGUGCCUGACACACAGUAGGUGCUCAAUAAAUGUUUAUUGAAAGGAUGAA